AUGGUGAUUGAGUACGUUGGGGAGGUUAUUCGGGCGCAGGUCGCUGAGAAGCGGGAGAAGACAUAUGAGCGCCGGGGUAUUGGAAGCAGUUACCUCUUCCGUAUUGAUGAGGAUUUGGUGGUGCCAAAGAAAGGGGAUCUUCGGUCUUGGGUGAAAGAAUUUGUCAUCUACGCAAAACAGGAUUUAGGGUUGGGCGACGAAUUUACUUAUGAUUAUCAUUUCCCAUUUGAGCAAGACAAGAUUCCUUGUCUCUGCGGCUCUGUCAAGUGCCGCGGCUUCCUGAGCUAG